AUGAGAUUUACUAGAGGAUUAACAGCCUCAUCGUCUUUAAGGGCGAAAGCUAUUGGAAAGUUGACCAAAUUUUCCACUGAUACUUUAGAUGAGCAACGUGACGAUGGAACAACGCUAGAUUUAAUAACUCGUACUCUGCCUAUCUUCUACUCUACGAACACAUCGAAAAUAUACACCAUGCCACUCACACUGAGUGAAUGGGAAGUGUUAACUUCACUUUGUACUGCCAUCCCUACUUCAUUUGAUUUGGUGGAAAAGAUGAUUAAAGAAAUCAUUGAGCCCUACUUUCUGGAAUCUCCAAGACAAAGAAUUUCGGACGUUCUGUCCUCAAGGUUCAAAUUGAAAGAGCUAAGAAAUCCGAUCGAGCUACUGACUUUCCAAUUGACAAAGUUUAUGAUUCACGCGUGUGAAAAAUAUCCUAUUCUUUAUGAAACUAUAAGCGGUAUCAUAUCAGUCUAUUUUGAGCGCGUAUUAGAAGUCUUUACUGUAAAGCAAUCAGGAUUACUAUCGUUGAUUGGUUUCAUUAACGCGUUCAUUCGCUUUCCCGAUUCUGCGGAACUAACUAAAUUCGCUUGGAGAAAGUUAGCAAAGCUUGUAUUUCAUGGACCAUUUUUAAGUGAAGUUGAGGCAAUCUUGAAUUCCUCAACAGCAUUUACGAAUGAUUCAAUCGUCCAGUACUAUGAUGCCGGAAAUGAGCUAUCCGGCGCGUAUAUAUUAGAAUUGGUAUCUCGCUUACAAAUUUCCUUAAUAUCUCACCUGCUACAUACUCCAGAUAUCAAUGGUAAUCUAGAUGAAUUCCUGUUAAAGCAGCAACAUCAAUUUUAUAAGUUUGAUCAGGAAGCUGCUGAUAUUGGCACCGACACCAAGAGUAUCGAUGAGUUUUUCUUUAACAUCAGAUGUAACAAAGAAUUUUUUGUAGAUGUGUGCAACCUAUCCUUAAAGUUUUGCUCUGAGUCUCAUAUUCUCGACUUAUCUACUGAUAAUCGAGCAAAGUUCUCCUUUGAUACGCGGGCCCACUACUUACAAACCCUGUGUCUAAUCCCAUUUAUCGAAGAUACAGAAAGCGAGAUGUUUGAAAGUUUCACAAAAAUUGUUUCGGAAUCCGUUGAUAAAUUCUUCCUGUCUGAUGUUGUUACACCAUUAUUGACAAAAGCGAUUGUAACUUCUGCCUCACUACUGAAUUUUUUUACGGAAAAAUUAUCGCUAACUCUAAUUCGUAUGUUUCCGUUACUAGUUGCAUCCCCUCACAUCACCACCAGUACGGUUAAAGAUGUUGCAAAAAUAUUUACUACAGGGUUAUACCCUCUAAAUGAAGAUGCGAUUGUGAGUACAAUCUAUUCUAUGAACAACUUAUUAGCCGUUUCUGAAGAUGGAUCUCCAGCUCCAGUGCUUCGCGAGCGUCAGUUAACAAUAACAUCAGGCAAAAACAUUGAGAGAGACUACUUACCUUUGAGAAAUUCGUUCCCUAGUUUGAAUGGCACCAGUGCCCCCCUUGGGAAUGCAACUGUAGGUCAAAUAUCCUCACACGAUGCCAACAGCGGAACCACUAUGACGUACCACGCCUCUUUAAUCUCUAAUUGCGUGGCUGCAACGACAACAAUUGCGUCGUAUUAUAACACUCAAAGCAUAACAGCAUUGACUAUUUCCAUUCUCACUCAGAAAGUUAAUGCUAUGUCUAAGGAGUUUGAUAGUGUUAUCCUAGAUUCUUUGGCAAGAUUGGCUCCCAAUACAUCAGUGACUGAAUUUUCCCUUCUUCUAAAAUUUUUCAAAUCGAGAACUGUUUUUGCCGCCAAAAAUAACGAUAGUGCGUUAUUGGAAAAUAUUAUCAAUGCAAAGUCUGCAAUAUCCAAGGAAUUAUUGACUAAUCAUUUUUCAAGUGACCUAUAUUUCAUAUAUCUUCACGAUCUAUUGGAUUCAAUUAUUUCUAGUGGGGAAGUAGAACGAUUGGAACAUCACAGGCCGCAAACAGAAAUUUCUCGUGUGGCUGACCAAAUAGCUACUUAUCUAAAGCCACUUGCUGCGCUCUUACCUGAUCCAGGUAACAAUCCUAUAGACAUCAGCAAAGAUGAAGCCAGUACAAAUAAAUUUAGGAAUGCAUGGUUCAAUUUUGUUAUUCAUGGAUACCACUUGAACGCACCCAUUGUCAAAGAAAAUUUUUCUGCGUUAUUAACCAUUGCCUCCAAUUCACCGCCUUUAGCUUCUGAAUUCCCUGCCAAUAACAAAGAACUUUCUUUGGAAAUGAACACAAUCUUGCGUCGUGGUUCCUCCAAUGAAAACAUCAAACAACAAAAGCAACAGAUAACUGAGUAUUUCAAUACAAAUAUCGUUCAGUACAGGACCACCUCGUCGUCCAAAAUCAUGUUUUUGGCAGCCGCAGCUCUUUUAGAGACAAUAAGGUGUGAAGCAGGUGAUUGCUCAAAAACAUUACUGUAUUUUUCCGAUGCUUCUAUCCUUUCCGGUUCAAUCGAAAAAUGUAUAGCAGUUUUAUCGGUUUCUAUGAUCAGAAAAUAUGCCAAGUUAAUUCAAAGGGGAAAUGAUGCCAUAUUCAACUCCAAAAUGAUUGCUCAACAACUUAAUAACUUGUUACUUUGCCUUUCCCAUAGGGAGCCAACUUUGCAAGAUGCUGCUUUUCACGCUUGUGAAAUAUUUAUCAGAUCCAUCCCAUCAUCGUUAUGUCAUCACCUAUCUCUUUACACUUUGCUGGAUAUGUUGACCGCCUUAUUUGAUAGUAUCUUAGAUUCGGAGUCCAAUAAAUUCGAGCCACGUUAUGAGUUUAAACUAAAACAUUCUCGAACAAAAAUCUUGAUCCCGAGUUCAGCGUCAUGGCGUACUGCAACGUUAUCGAGAUUGCAUAAGUCUGCUAAAGAAUGGGUAAGAAUAGUAUUGAAUAGAAGCAACCAGGAUGCUAAAAUUUUGCUACAAUCAUACAUCUCUGACUUGGGCGAAUACAGCAGAUUAAAUUCUGUUGAAUUUGGUGUCUCGUUUGCGAUGGACAUGGCCGGUUUGAUUUUACCUGCGGAUAAGGAAUUAUCGAGGCUGACCUACUAUGGUCCGGAGAAACCAAACACAAUAUCAGGGUUUAUAUCUUUGCACUCUUGGAGAUCAAAAUAUCUUUUUGAUACUGCUAUAACUUCAUCACCAGAGGAUAUCAAGAGGCAAAUCACUAUUUCUAAAAAAAACAUUAGAAAAAAUCUAAGCUUAGGAAACAAAGUUGUUACUAAAGACGUCACAGACUUUCUCGACAUGUCUACCGCUUUGUUAAUUCUUGGUAAUGGCUCACCUGCAUCUUUGGUAUACGAUAUCGUGCACAUCCCCUUUGAAGUCUUUACUUCUGCCUCUCUUAAGAUUGCUACAAAUGUCUGGUUAACAAUCAUAACCGAAAAGCCCGAAGUUGCACACCUCCUUUUAGUAGAUGUGUGCUAUUGUUGGAUGCGCUCCAUUGAUGACAACAUUGGCCUCUAUUCUCGUGAUCAUGACAUAAAGGGAGAAGAGUACCAAAAAAUGGAAUAUUCUCCCUAUGACAAGGCUGGUAUCAACAGAGACGCAAAAAAUGCAUCUCAAGCUAUGCAACCACAUCUCCACGUUAUUAAAUUCUUUGCUUCCCAUUUCGAAGGAACAUUAUUUCAGAGUGACUUUUUGUUGAAAAUAUUCACAAAGUGUGUGUUAUAUGGUAUUAAAAACUUGUAUAAGGCUUCACUCCAUCCGUUUGCCAGAAUGAUCCGCCAUGAAUUGUUACUCUUUGCAACGCUUGUGCUGAAUGCGAGCUAUAAACAAGGAUCCAAAUACAUUGGUCGCUUAUCGCAAGAGAUCACAAAUGGUGCUUUGAGUUGGUUCAAAAAGCCCGUCGCUUGGCCGUUUGGUUCUAAUGAACUUAAAAUUAAAGCUGACUUAUCUAUUACUAGAGAUCUUUUUGUUCAGCUUAACAAGCUAAGCUCAUUAAUGACGCGCCACUGUGGAAAGGAUUACAAGAUUUUAAACUACUUUUUGGCAAGUGAAAUCCAACAAAUUCAGACAUGGUUGACCCCAAUGGAGAAGAUUGAAGGGGCCAACAGUAACGAGCUCUCGGACGAUAUCGUUGAAUCUACGUUCGCAAACGAUCCAAUUUUAGCAAUAAAUCUUUUGCAGAGAUGCUACAGUAAGAAGGCGGAGGAGGCGCUAGUAAGGUUAGUCGAAAAGCACCCCUUAAUGUGUGUGGGAUCCCCAAGCGCUCUUGACCUAUUCAUAAAAGGAAGUGGUUUAAGCAGUAAGAAGGACUUGCACGCAGCUUUGUAUUGGAUACCAGUCAGUCCAUUGAAAUCCAUCAAUCUUUUCCUUCCUGAGUGGCAAGGUAACCCUUUCAUCUUACAAUUUAGCAUCUAUUCCUUGGAAUCGCAAGACGUGAAUUUAGUAUUUUUCUACGUUCCUCAAAUUGUCCAAUGCCUAAGGUAUGACAAAACUGGAUACGUAGAAAGAUUAAUUUUAGACACUGCAAAGAUAAGUGUGUUAUUCUCACAUCAAAUUAUAUGGAACAUGCUAGCCAACUGUUAUAAAGAUGACGAGGGUAUACAAGAAGAUGAAAUCAAACCGACUCUAGAUCGCAUUCGGGAGCGUAUGGUUUCUACCUUCAGCCAAACCCAUCGCGAAUUUUACGAACGUGAAUUUGAAUUUUUCGAUGAAGUUACUGGUAUAUCUGGUAAGUUGAAGCCUUACUUAAAGAAAAGUAAAGCUGAAAAGAAGCAUAAGAUCGAUGAAGAGAUGAGCACCAUUGAAGUAAAACCCGAUGUUUAUUUGCCCUCCAACCCCGACGGUGUUGUUAUUGACAUUGAUCGGAAAAGUGGUAAGCCACUUCAAUCACACGCAAAGGCACCUUUCAUGGCAACCUUUAAAAUCAAGAAAGAAGUGCAGGAUCCUUUGACCAAGAAAAGCAUGGAAAUUGAAAAAUGGCAAGGAGCAAUUUUCAAAGUUGGUGAUGACUGUAGACAGGAUGUUCUGGCGCUGCAAUUGGUUUCUUUGUUUAGAACCAUAUGGUCCAGCAUUGGAUUGGAUGUCUAUGUUUUCCCUUAUAGAGUCACCGCGACAGCGCCAGGUUGUGGUGUAAUCGACGUGCUACCCAAUUCAGUGUCCCGAGACAUGUUAGGACGUGAAGCCGUUAAUGGAUUAUACGAAUAUUUCACAAGCAAAUUCGGUAACGAAUCUACCAUUGAAUUUCAAAAUGCACGCAACAACUUUGUCAAAUCAUUAGCGGGAUACAGUGUAAUUUCGUAUCUGUUGCAAUUCAAGGACAGACACAACGGUAACAUUAUGUACGACGAUCAAGGCCACUGUCUACACAUUGAUUUCGGGUUUAUCUUUGAUAUUGUCCCGGGUGGCAUCAAGUUCGAGGCAGUCCCAUUCAAACUGACCAAGGAGAUGGUCAAGGUCAUGGGCGGCUCGCCCCAAACACCGGCCUACUUAGACUUCGAAGAGCUGUGUAUUAAAGCAUAUCUGGCGGCACGUCCACACGUGGAAGCCAUCAUCGAGUGCGUUAACCCCAUGCUAGGAAGCGGUCUUCCAUGCUUCAAGGGUCACAAGACGAUCAAGAAUCUAAGAGCAAGGUUCCAGCCUCAAAAAACCGACCACGAAGCGGCGCUAUGCAUGAAGACGCUAAUUCGCAAAAGUUAUGAAAGCAUCUUCACCAAGGGUUACGAUGAGUUCCAAAGACUCACAAACGGCAUUCCGUAUUGA